AUGACUAGAGGAGGAAAGAGAGAUGAGCGACGGGAAGAACCCGAGGAGGGUCCAGCACCAUCAGCUGCAGAUGAAGGGGCCAUGGCAAGCAGUGGAGGUAAUCAGCUGGAAGAGCUGACGAGUAUGAUGAAGUCUUUCAUGCAGACACAAGCCGUGAGAGAUAAGCAGCAGGAAAAAGAACAUUCCCGCCAAGAGUUGAGAUGGCGGAAUAUGGAGCACCAGUUUCGGCAGAUCCAGGCCCAGGUAACUGAGAUGAGAGAAGAGCAGCAACAGGAGCAAGCGGGAGGUGAGGAGCAGCGUGCAAGUGGAGUCCGCUAUGAAGAGGAUCAGGGGGAGAUGGACCGAUCCGGACAUCGCAUAGUAAGGCUGCAGCGAGGCCUGCACACUCAUCCAGAGCCCAAGCUCCUGCCAUUGUCCCCUGAAGAUGAUGUUGAGCACUUUCUGGCCACUUUUGAAAGAAUGGCCCAUGUCUGCCAUUGGCCUCAGGACGAGUGGGCAGUUAGGCUCAUUCCCCUGCUGACUGGUAAGGCACGCAGUGCUUAUGUGCUUAUGGACAUCGAUUCUUCAGAUGAUUAUGAGAGAGUGAAAGAGGCAAUCCUGGCAAAAUAUGAAAUAAAUGCUGAGACUUACAGGAGAAGAUUUCGGGCCCUGGACGUUCAUCAGGGAGAGACCCCACGGGAGCUGUAUGUUCGCCUGAAAGAAAUGUUCAACAAAUGGGUCAAGCCUGAAACCACCACCGUCAAAGACAUUUCUGAGCUGUUGAUCAUGGAACAGUUUCUGAGAAUGGUGAAUCCAGAGAUGGAAGUUUGGAUCCGAGAACAUGACCCAAAAACUGCUGAAGAAGCUGCUCGCCUGGCAGAGGUGUUUCAGUCGGCCAGGAGGGGUCACCCGCGCCUAGCAACCAACCAUAGCAAUAGCCCAGGGGUGAGAAAUAAAUCCUUUGGGGGGGACAGGGGUCAUGGUCAGACUCAAGGCAGGUUCCCCGGUAAUAAACAGAAUGCUCAGAGUAGACCUGUCCAUGCUAAUAAGCCAGCUAAGUCAGAUGUCAGGUGUUACCACUGUAAUGAGUUAGGCCAUACUCAGUACACUUGUCCAGCUGCAGGAAGAAGCAAGCUAUCUCUCCUCUGCUCUGUCCCUAGACCCACGAUGCAGGAACCAGGCACUCAGGAAAGUGGUAGGAAGGUUCCAGUACUGAUAAAUGGUCAGCGGGAAGAAGCUCUUGUUGACUCGGGCAGUUUUCAGACAGUGGUAAGGGCUAGCUUGGUACCCAGAGAGCAGUGGGCUGAUGAGAAAGCUGAUAUUGGAUGUGUACACGGGGAUGUUAGGCCUUACCCUACUGCAGAGGUGUAUUUAACAGUGGGUGGUCAGACCUUUCUCCUCUCAGUGGCUUUAGUGCCCCAACUCCCAUACCCCGUCAUUUUAGGACUAGAUGUGCCUACACUUUUGGAUUUAGUGCAGGACCCCCAGAAGCAGAGUCCCUUGCCUACUGUUUGUGAUGAGGUGCUGGAAAUCCCGGGAGAGCCAGAACCCCUUCAGGUGAAGUCAGGAGAGAAUUCAGGGACAGAGGUUAAAGAAUGUCAUGUAGUCACCAGGGCUCAAAGUGCGAGAAACACCCUCAGUGAGUUACCAUUUUAUGAAGCAGAGCUGGAGGUGGGUGUAGAGAAGCUGCGAAGAUCCAGAGUCCAAAAGCGAAGGGACACGUUUUUGGGUGCCCCGAGAGAAAAGGAUGAGAUUCCCCAACCCAGCCCGCCCUUAGAUGUGGAUAUUCCACUUAAUGUAGGUGAAUUACAGAGAAAGGAUCCUACUCUACAGCGGUGGUUUCAGAAGGUUUCCAAGGUUGAUGGGGUCAGUCAGGGAAGUGCAGGCUGUCUGGAGGAGGUUACCUAUAUGAUUGAGAAGGGUAUCCUUUACCAGUGUCAGGGUAGUACUCAGGCAUUAGCAGCUCCACAGUCACUCAGGCACACCAUCAUGGAGCUAGGCCAUUCCAUUCCUUGGGCAGGGCACAUGGCAUUUCACAAGACAUUACGCCGUGUAAGUAACCGCUUUGUAUGGCCGGGUAUGUACACCCAGCUUUCCAAAUUUUGCAACUCGUGUUCAAUCUGUCAGGUUACAGCAGGAAAGGGGGUGACGAAAGCUCUGUUACAGCCAUUACCACUCAUUGAAACACCAUUUGAGAGAAUAGGCAUGGAUGUAGUGGGGCCCUUAGAGAAGAGUGCUUCUGGAAACCGGUACAUUCUGGUAAUGUGUGAUUAUGCCACACGUUACCCAGAGGCUUUUCUCCUUAGAUCAGUAAAAGCUAGGCAUGUGGCUAAUUGUUUGCUGCAGUUGUUCUCCAGGGUAGGAAUAGCCAAAGAAAUCCUCACAGAUUGUGGAACCAACUUCCUGUCCAAGUUGUUGAGGCAAGUGUACCAGCUCCUAGGAGUAAAGGGCAUUAAAACUACCCCAUAUCACCCCCAAACAGAUGGGCUUGUAGAAAGGUACAACCAAACUUUAAAGAACAUGUUGCGCAAGUUUGUGUCACAGACAGGCUCUGACUGGGACCAGUGGUUGCCAUACCUCCUCUUCGCCUACAGAGAGGUGCCACAAGCUUCCACGGGCUUCUCACCGUUUGAAUUGCUUUAUGGACGCCAGGUGAGAGGACCUCUUGACCUUCUGAGGGAUUACUGGGAGGAUCCAAAGGCUUCAGGAGAGAGCAUUGUGGCGUAUGUGGUGAAGAUGAGAGAGAGGUUGGAAAAGAUGGCUACGCUAGCAAAAGAGAACAUGACCAUGGCCCAAGAGAAACAAAAAACCUGGUAUGACCAGAAGGCCAGGGAACGGGUUUUCCAGCCUGGACAGAAAGUGCUGCUGCUGCUGCCCUCAAGUGAAAGCAAACUGCUUGCAAAAUGGCAGGGGCCAUAUGAGGUCACGAAAAAGGUCGGUGCGGUUUCUUAUGAAAUUCAUAUGCCUGAUAGAGCAAAAAAGCACCAAACGUUUCACAUUAACCUGUUGAAGGAAUUUCAUGAUUGUCCAGAGCCAGUGUCACAGCAUUUUUUCAUCCAGGCAGCUGAGGAGAAGGAGGUGGAGGAGCAGUUCUUUCCGACAAGUCCAGCAGGAGUCAGUCAGGUGGAGGUAGCACAUCUAACACCUGACCAACAGAAGGGUGUGGAAGCCCUCCUGGAUCCAGAAUUGUUCCAGGAGAAGCCAGGUUUUACUGAUCUGGUCCAACACAGCAUUCACCUGAAGGAGACUGCUCCUAGCCGCAAGAGAAGCUAUCGCAUCCCUGAGCGCCUGGUGCCUGAGCUGAAAAAGGAGAUCCAGCUAAUGUUGGAGUUGGGGAUCAUUGAAGUGUCGGACAGUGAAUGGUGCAGCCCAGUUGUCUUGGUGCCAAAAAAGGAUGGUUCCCUAAGGUUCUGCAUUGACUUCAGGUAUCUUAACGCCAUCUCCAAGUUUGACCCAUACCCAAUGCCCAGAAUUGAUGAGUUGCUGGAGAGGGUUGGGAAAGCCAAGUACAUCAGUACACUAGAUCUGAGCAAAGGUUACUGGCAAGUGGCCUUAGCACCUGAGGCGAAGAAGCUGACAGCUUUUGCAACACCUUAUGGCCUUUUCCAUUUCCGUGUUAUGCCGUUUGGGCUCCAGGGGGCACCUGCAACAUUUCAAAGGCUCAUGGACCAGGUCCUGCGAGAAGUGUCGGCGUUUUCAGCAGCAUACUUGGACGAUGUGGUGGUUUAUAGCCAAACCUGGGAGGAGCACAUGGCCCAUCUGACACGGGUCCUUCAUUGUAUCAAGGCUGCGGGACUGACCAUCAAUCCUCGAAAGUGCAUCUUCGCUCAGAAGGAGGUGGAGUACUUGGGAUAUAUCAUCGGGGAUGGGGUGAUUCGCCCACAAGUGAGCAAGUUGGAAGCCAUCACCUCGUACCCAGUUCCAACCACAAAGAAGAAAGUGAAGUCUUUCCUGGGACUUGUUGGGUGGUAUCGUAAGUUCAUCCCACAUCUGUCAGAGAGAGCUGCUGUUUUGACAGAUCUAACUAAGGCCUCAGCAUCUGCCAAAGUUCGGUGGACUGAAAAAUGUGAAGAAGCCUUCAGGGACCUGAAGCAAGCCAUCAGUGUGGAGUCAGUUCUGCAAAGCCCGGAUUUUGACAGGCCCUUCACCCUCCAAACGGAUGCCUCCGGAGUUGGCAUUGGGGCGGUGCUGCUCCAAGAAGUGGAAGGCGAGAUGAAGCCUGUCUUGUUCCUCAGCAGGAAGUUGCUGGAUCGAGAGACCCGUUACUCCACAAUUGAGAAGGAGUGCCUUGCAAUGAAGUGGGCCACUGAGUCUCUGAGGUAUUACCUGUUGGGGCGCCAGUUUACCAUGGAGACGGAUCAUCGAGCGCUCCAGUGGCUGCACCGGAUGAAGGAUGCAAAUAUGCGUAUCGCAGGGUGGUACCUCGCCAUGCAGCCCUACAACUUUGUGGUCAAGUACCGGCCGGGGAAAUCCAACCUGGUAGCUGACUGUCUGUCCCGUAACCCUGUGUAACAAGGUACUGUGCAGCUAAGGGAGAGGGGGAAGGAAAUGUAACGGAGGCCUCUGUUGUCUCCGUUACUACUGCAGUGA